AUGACCACGUACAUCAGUACGACGGCAAUCGGUGAAAACUCUCCUGUUGACCCGGCAGAAAAGACCACACGUCAAGCUCCUUGUCUGAACAGAACCAUCACAGGUACCACAGAGCCUUUCCUGGUAAGCGUGUGCUCUACAGCAGUUCCGAGCCCCGUAACGCUGACAGACGGCGAAGCCGUGGCUGUCGUCACCCCUGACAACGUGGGAACGGCAGCGGAUGCCCGCAGGCGGCUGUACGUCAGCGUGGCAGUAACCUACCUGGCUGCACUGUCGUGCGGCCUGUCCAUGGCCUACUCGUCGCCAGCGCUUCCAGGCAUACGGAAGGUAAUGGAAUUCAGUGACGGGGACAGCGACUGCUUCGGCUCCCUCGUCACUCUCGGCGCAGUCAUCGGUGGUGUAAGCGGGGGACGUCAGCUGAGCGUCACCGGACGGCGCGGCACCCUGAUCGCCUCAUCCGCCUGGUAUAUGAGUGGCUGGGCAUGUCUGGCGGUGGCCACUCCUAAGGCAGCACUGUUCGUCGGUCGCCUGCUCACAGGCGUCGGUACCGGCAUGGUGGCGCUCGCAGUCACCGUCUUCAUAUCGGAGAUAUCGCCCUCCGAUCUGCGCGGGCUGCUCAACACGGGUGCCAAUCUGGUUCUGUCCUCCGGUAUCCUGGUAGUCUUCGUGCUGGGAAAGUUCUUCAGCUUCUCGAUGCUUGCCAUCUGCUGCAUGAUACCGGCGGCCAUCAUGGCCAUCUCGCUGCUCUGGUGCCACGAAUCUCCCCGCUGGCUCCUCAAGAACGGCUUGAGGGAUCGUGCGGCCGCGGCCCUGCGUUUCUAUGUCGGCCCUUUCGCCGCAACCGAGCUAGUCGCGAUGGAGCAGGCCCUCGUGCGCCCAGGCGGGGACGCCGGAGCGAGGUUUACGCUGCGAGACCUGGCGUCGCCGCGCAUCUACCGGUCUUUCCUGUGUGUUCUGUUGGUCAUGAGCAUGCAGCAGCUCUCGGCCGUAGGCGUGAUCAUCACGUUCGCCCAGGACAUCUUUGAGGAGGCCGGCACGUCAGUGUCCGCAGAAAACGCUGCAAUUGCCGUGGCGGCCAUCCAAGUGAUCAUGGUGGCAGUAGCCACGGUCCUCGCCGAUCGCCUGGGCCGCAAAGUGCUGCUUCUCUUCUCAUCCGCCGCGUCUUCGCUAAGCCUCGCUGUGCUCGGCCUGUCCUUCCACAUCAAAGCGGCCGCGGGGGACAAGUUCGUGGAGGCCUACGGUUGGCUGCCGUUGACGAGCCUGUGCGCCUUCUUCGUCGGCUACUCCGUCGGGCUGGGCCCUUUGCCGUGGGUACUUCUGGGCGAGAUGAUACCCCUGAAGGCCAAAGGAUUCGCGACGGGGACGUGCACCGCGACACUGUUUGCCGAGGCAUUCGUCCUCACUAUAAGCUACAACAGCAUCCGUGCAAUCCUGGGCACUGCGGCGACCUACUGGAUGUUCAGCGCAUUCCUGGCUGCGAGCUUCGUUCUUGUUUUAAUAUUUGUUCCCGAGACAAAAGGCAAAGACCUGGAACAAAUUGAGCGCCUUUUCGGGCCUAGCUUGUCGUCUCCUCUUGGAUCAUUAGCGAAGAGUGACGCUUCGAAUGCAACAUAG